AUGGAGCUCAGCAGACUCCCUCUCUUGGACAGCAGGCGGCUCAGCACAGGGCCCUGCACUCUGCUGCCCCCUAGUGUCCCGUACAGAACCCAGCGCCCAUCCACCGCCAGCGCAUCCACGUUCUGUGACCACCAGAGGGCGCCAACACAGUCCAGGAUCACAUCUGCACCACGCCCUGUGACAUCACCAGGUACCUACAGCUGCUGCUUCAUUCAGGAGGAUACCGGGGUCCUGAUCCACCACUUGGCCUCAUCCCACAUGUAUGUGUGUGUGUCUCCGGAGGUGUCCAUCCGCACUGACCCACAGUUCCCCCGCUGCCGCUCACCCCCAGGCCUCCUCGCCCUCACUGUCUACUGUGAGAUCCCCAACACCUAUGAGGACUUCACUGUCACCUGGGACAAAAAGAACAUCAAGACUGCUGUGCAGCCUCAGCAAGAGGAACGAAAAUUUGGAGUGUUGGUCUUCUCUGCUCGGACGUUCGUAGAUUGUGAUUCUUCUCAACCUCCCCCAAAAAUCACCUGUCGCCUGAAGAACCGCUGUCAGCAAGAGACACAGGCCACAGCAGAGGUCCACUACCUCCGAGACGGAGAUCCCUACUGUCGCUCAGACGGGGUGUGGCAGGACACUCCUGUUGGUCAGACGGCUGAGGUCCGCUGCUCCAACGCAGUGGGAAUCAGGAAAAGACUCUGCAAGAAUCCUGAGUGGGACCUCCUGGAGCAGAACAACUGUGUGGACCAGGGCCUGCAGGAUAUCCUGGACAACGCCAUUGUCAACCUGAGGAGGAGUCAGAUCAUGGACGUCUGUCGGAAAGGAUCCAGGAACGCACUGCAGGAACUGUACAACCCUACGAUGGAGGGAGGGGGGGGGGGGGGCCGGUGUCCCCUGGUCAGGAGGGAGGGGGAGGCCUGUGUCCCCCGGUCAGGAGGGAGGGGGGGGGAGGCCGGUGUCCCCUGGUCAGGAGGGAGGGGGGAGGCCGGUGUCCCCCGGUCAGGAGGGAGGGGGGGGGAGGCCGGUGUCCCCUGGUCAGGAGGGGGGGGGAGGCCGGUGUCCCCCGGUCAGGAGGGAGGGGGAGGCCGGUGUCCCCCGGUCAGGAGGGAGGGGGGAGGCCUGUGUCCCCUGGUCAGGAGGGAGGGGGGAGGCCUGUGUCCCCCGGUCAGGAGGGAGGGGGGAGGCCUGUGUCCCCCGGUCAGGAGGGAGGGGGGUGGCCUGUGUCCCCCGGUCAGGAGGGAGGGGGGAGGCCUGUGUCCCCCGGUCAGAGGAGGGGGGGGGUGGCCUGUGUCCCCUGGUCAGGAGGGAGGGGGGAGGCCGGUGUCCCCCGGUCAGGAGGGAGGGGGGUGGCCGGUGUCCCCCGGUCAGGAGGGCGGGGGGGCGGCCUGUGUCCCCCGGUCAGGAGGGAGGGGGGGAGGCCUGUGUCCCCCGGUCAGGAGGGAGGCCUGUGCCAGUUACUAA